AUGGCCGGCUGCCAUUACGGUGGGAAGAUUGUCAGGAGCCGGCAUUAUCUCAAAUGCAGCGGUAAACUGUCCAGUUGCUUUUGUCAUCGGCAGCAGGUGAUCACCGAAAACUGUACCGAAAUUAAGAUCGCGAUUUUGCUACUGAAGUAUGAUUCAGAGCGGAAUGCGAUCCACACCGACCGGGCUUGUCUCAGGUAUCUGACCGAAAGGUUUGACCGCGAUCUGUUGAGCAAUUCUUUCAAGUUCCCUUUCAUGGUCUGGAAAACGUGGAUGAAGCAUUCUUACUGUUACAUUGACCUUUUCAUCACACUGCUCUUGGGAAAUGCUAUAAAUUCUAGCAUCAAUUCGGUCGAAGGCUACUUCCUGCCGUUUGUGACUCCAAAAUUUAUGCUACGGUAUCCCGAAAUGGAAACCGAUCCAGUUAUAUCGGCGCUCAGCACAUCACACAAGACCCUGUGGUUCAACCACUUGAUUAACUACACGUCCCGACUUUGUGGGGUCAUUCUACAACAGCAGCAGGGAAAAAUGCUUCACGGAGAACAUAGGAUGAAUUUUGUGCAACAGUCUCAAUCGUUUCUACUGCCGUUUCCACCGUGGAUAGCGAUGAUAUUCUUCUGCGCAAUUCUAGCAGUGCCUUUGAUUAUCUGUGCUGAAAAAUUAUUUUCGGCCACCAGGCGUUGUCACCCACGGUCGUCCAGCGAACCAAUGCCCAUUCACCUAAGACAUCGUUGGAGAGCCGGAUUUGCCGGAGGUAUGCUGGCAGAAAACAUGCGGCACAAGAAGGAGUCAAAAGCGUUAGUUGCAAAGAGUGCUCGAUCGCACUCCGCGGCUUUCCAUGUUCAAGCAGGCAAGCCUCCUUUCUCGAACCCGGCGCUGUAG